AUGGGAUACUUAGAAGAGAUUGUUAAUCUUAACCAAAUACCAUGGCUGGUUAUAGGGGAUUUAAACGUUAUUUUUAGCAAUGAUGAAAAAGAGAUGCAACCAGGAUGGGUAAAGGCUUACAUUGAUGAAGAGCGAUUACUUUUGGAUGAGUACCGGAGGCAGAAACAAGAAAAUAACAUAGAUGCAGUGAAGGAAAAGCUGCGCAUAUUAGAUAUGCAAAGAAAGGAGUUGGAUGAGGAGCUUACUGAAGUUCUGGAGAGGCAAGAAAGGAUUCUUAAUUUCAUCGAAGAGAAAAGACUAAAAGUUAAUGAAGUUGGUCUAAUUAACUUGACAGAAAGAGAAGUCAAUGAUUUUAGUAAUUACAUUUUGGAUGAAAUUUUUAAAUUUGCAAAGGAAAUACGGCUUGAAACUGAGCAGGAUGAGGAGAUUGAGGAGGAGGAGGAGGAGGAUGAGAAGGUUGAGGAGGAUAAGGAAGAUGAGGUGAUUGAGGAGGAGGAGGAGGAUAUGGAUGAGCACAAGGAAGAUGAGGAGAUUGAGGAGGAGGAGGAGGAAGAGGAGCACAAUGAAGAUGGUGAUAUGAAUGAUGAUAAGGAUGAUGAUGACAAGGAGGGUAGCAAGGAUAAUGAUGACAAGGAGGGUAGCAAAGAGGGUAGCAAAGGUGGUGAUGACGAGCAUGGAACUGAAUAUAAAAAGAAUGAAGUUCCGUCUGAAACUCCUGAAAAGCAAAGACCUGGAGAAAGUUUUCUGCACUAA